AUGGCGAAGGAGACGCCCUCACUUCCUCAUUCUGAUACCGCUGGGCAGAACCUAGCCACUCAUGAAGCCGGUCCUAGCUUCAUGGCAGAAAUGCUUAUUAUAAGAGAACUGUUGGAUGACACACAUGACAGGCUUGGGCGGCUUGAAUCCUAUCAACAGAAGAGAAAUCCCAUGGACGAGGGUGAUAUCCGAGCUGAUACAAUAAUGCUGAAUGAGUGCAAGUUUGGGAGAACUAGCAUAGAAUGGCAAUCCCUCGAGAAACUCUUAUGGCCUAACCCCAAAUGGAAUGGAGCGUCUUGGGACGCGGAUAUCCUCUUCAGGCAUGCCGAGGAAACAUUCAAAGUCGAGCAGAUUACGAAGAGAGGUGAAAGUAUUAUUGGUUUACUACGGGAAGAAAGAUAUGAAGAAGCUGAGGAGCCGCGUCAAAGCUUUUGGCUAUGA